GCCGUGACGUCGGCCGGCGCCAUCGUCUCCGUCUCCAGCCUGACGGCCGCCCAGGUGCAGGUGGCGCAGCGCUUCGUCUCCAGCGGCCUAGUGGCCUCGUCUGCCGCCGCCAAGGCUUGCCUCGGCGCCUCGAUCCCCAUCCAGACGCUGACGCAGAAGUCGCUAACGCCCAACCAGCUGCAGGUGCUCAAGCAGCAGACGAUGCUGCGUCAGAAACUUACGCUGGACCCGCUGAAGCGGCUGCAGGUGGCGACGACGGCGGCGGCGGCCGGCGCGGCUGGCAGCGCGCUGGCCGGCACCGGGCCGCAGAAGGUGCAGGUGGCCGUCACGUCGCUGGGCGCCGUUGCCGGUAUGGCGGCCGUGCCCGUGACGCAGGCGCAGGCGCGCACGCAGGUGCGCAUCCUCAAGCAGGCGGCCGGCAAGCAGAUGGUGGCGGCGCGCACCAUGACCGAGUCGGAGAUGGCGGCUAUCCUGAAGCAGAAGCCGCAGCUGUCGCAGAUGCAGUCGGCGCAGCUGAUGCCGCAGUUCUUGGCUCAGGUGCAGAGCGCGGCGGCGCGCGCUGGCCAGGCGUCGCCGUCGACGAGCGGCGCUACCCAGACGGUCACCAUUCCGGUGACGGCUAUCAGCAUGGCCGGCGUCACGCUGCCGCACAUGCGCGCCGGCACGCCCGCCAAGGUGUCGACCGCCUCUCAGCAGCAGAUCCGACAGCUGGCGCUGCAGAAGCAGCUGAUCACGCCACAGCGCAAGCUGACGGGCCAACCGCAGCUGGCGCAGGUGGGUGGCAAGCGCGUGCCCACCCAGCUGUCGGCUGUGCAGAUUGUGCAGGGCCAGAAGCAGCUGCCGACCACGGUCACCGUGCAGCAGAUCCAGCAGGUGAUGGGUCGCGAGGUGAUCAAGGUGCCGCCGCCGGCCGCCGGCGGCGCGCGCGCCUCGCCGUCGCACCUGCAGGCGCGCGUGCUUCCGAGCUCGCACGCGCCCAUCAAGCAGACGAUCCAGGUGGUGUCCGCGGCCGGCGGCGCGUUCCCGGCAGCGGGGCUGGCGCGCCAGCAGCCGCGCCCGGCCGCCGUGCAGGUGGUACAGCCGGCCCCGUCGCUCGCCCAGCCGACCCAGCAGCAGCAGCAGCAGCAGCCGACGCAGCAGCAGCAACAGCAGCUGCAGCAGACCGCGGCCGUGGCGCUGCCCCAGCUGAAGGCGGUGGUGAGCGCGCCCGGCUCGCCGUCCGCGUCGCGUGCUUCGCCCUACUCGAUGCGACUGCGCACGGUGUCUGGCACGGCGCCCGAGCCGCCCGGCCCAGCCGCCACGCCGCCCGACACCUAGUCCCUGCUGCCGCCGUCGCCGUCGUCGUCACGCUGUGAAUACGUGGGCUGUGCUGAAGAGGUGCGGAGCGGGUUUUGCGCGCGCGCGCACUGAUGGCGGCGUCUCAUUGUUCGGCGCGUGUGAUGAGGGGACUGUCGCAGCCGUCGGCGCAAAUGCAGCCGUUUUUUCUUUUGUAUUGCCGGAGCGUCGAGUGAGCUUGUAGACCGAGUGGUUCAAGAGUUCAGCCCACCCUGCGAGCACGGCGGCGGCCGCCGCUCUGUCGCCUGGCAUCGCCGCCGUCCGAACCGUCGCCAGACACCGACACGCCGAGCCAGGUCCGGUCUGCCGGCUCGUGGCGCUUCCAGCUCUGCCUGGCAGUGUGUCCUGUGCGCAGUUCCGUCGUGCGGGAGAAACAGGUACACGGUGUGCUCGCUCAGCGCGCUGGUGUCGCAGGUCACUCUGCCUAUAGCCACCCGCCGGCGUGGUCCAGCACUGCUCUGGUAUCUGCUGUUCCUGUCCAGCGGUGCCGCAGAUAGCUCCGCCCAUGAGCCAGCCGCCUCGGCUGUCCAGCGCGAUGCGCAGCUGACGCGCGCAGGCGCCACACACUCGUGUGCACGCGGGGCGCCCGCCUCCGUCCCGGGGCGGCGGCGGCUGAUCCAGUACGACUGUGACCGAGAGACAGUGGUAAACAACUUAGUCAAGCAAGUAUUGACUAUCGAACAAACCUGGACGCUGCGGGAAAUGGCGAGACCAGAAAUCUGACAAUGGUUGGCAACAGUUCUGCUGGUAAUGCUACUGGAUGGCAUCACAGGAACACAGCACGCUGCGUGCCCACCUGGAACGGGCCGGCGCACUGUGCGCCGCAGACGGCCGCCAGCGCCGUGCGCCGCUACUGGCACCGCACCGACGCGCUCAGCCGCCUCCUGCCCAGCGUCGACGAGAUGCUGGAGCGGAUGGGCAACAUACUCAGAAGAUACGUGGUGUACACGCCUGGCGCGCCGUCCCCGGAGUAACUGCGCUGCACGUUCUGGAGCAGCUACGCGGAUGAAAGGCGCGACGCGAGUGGACUAGAGACGUGUGUGUGGGUGUGUGCGCGCGCGCGCGCGCGCGGGCCGACCGGGCCGGUGGCUCCGUGACCGAGCGCGGUGACGACCGGCGGCACAGCAGCCGUCUGUGACGGUGGGACGCGGUGCCGGACGCGCCACGGGGCUGGUCCGCGGCACUGACUGGCGUGCUCGGCCCCUGCCACACCGACACCAGGAGCGGCGAUGCCUCGCCUGCUCCUUCGGUCAUCAGGUUGGGUGAGCGUCUGUGGAGUUCUCGGACAUACAGUUAGCGAGAGCGAGCCGACAGCAAGCCACAGUCAGUUGUUGUUACUGCAGUUCUGUUCGGUCUGCAGGCGUCGCGCCUGGCCUCUGACGGCAUGCGGCAAUGGACUGACGCUUGCGUUCCAAUGGUGUUUCGUGAUAGUAACAGCGUGCACUUGCUUUGCAGUGCUGGCGGUGUUUCACUGGUGGUGGCAGAACAGUCGUGUCCGCAGUGCUGGCGGUGUUUCGCUGGCGGUGGCAGAACAGUCGUGUCCGCAGUGCUGGGACCCGAUGUAUGUAGUGGC